UGUUCAUAUAAUGUUGUACACAUAACCUGUAUUGCGAACCGAACCGGCGUGGACUUUGGCUAUUGGUUAAUAGCUGAUCAAUAACUCUCAUCCAUUUCUGAAGAGCCAUAACUGGCUCAUUCAUUUUCAUAUGACUUCCAAGAGCGGAUUUCACACGGUGGAUCUAUCAAACAGUCACCCGAAAGAGUCCGAUUUAAAUCAGAAAAUAGAGAGGCCAUUUGGUAGUCGACAGACCGAGCGCAUUUUUCCAGCACAAAACGUCAAGCAGGAAGAAGGCGAUAUGCCGGGCGCUCAGCCGGGAUCAACGGGGAAGCUCCUGCUUUGUUUCUGUGGUGUUUUUGUUUGCUACUUCUACUUCGGUAUUCUUCAAGAAAAGAUAACAAAGGGCUCCUAUGGCGAAAAUGAAAAAUUCAACUACUUCUUGUGCCUACUCUUCUUGCCAUGUGUUUUCAAUGCCCUCUAUGCGAAAGCAGUUCUGUACUUCACAAGUGAAGGUUCAGAUCCUACAUCACACAAACUCUAUGCAGCUUGCUCAGUGACCUAUCUUGGAGCCAUGGUGGCCAGUAAUAUGGCCCUUCGUUAUGUCAGCUAUCCAUUCCAGGUCCUUGGCAAAUCAUGCAAACCAAUUCCAGUUAUGAUUCUAGGUGUACUUCUUGCCAGAAAAUCCUACCCUUUGAUGAAGUAUUUUUGUGUGCUACUGAUUGUCUUUGGUGUUGCAACAUUUGUCUACAAAGAUAAGGGUGCGAGUAAGAACAGUGAUCACUUUGUAGGCAUUGGAGAAGUUCUUGUGAUGGUGUCUUUAACAUUUGAUGGAUUGACAGGGGCAAUUCAAGAAAACAUGAGAGGCAGGUUUCAGACACGGCCACAUCACAUGAUGUUUAGCAUGAAUGCAUGGUCAAUUCUAUACCUUGGAAUAGCUAUCUUUGUUACAGGAGAAGUAUUUGAAUUUAUACCUUUUGUGUUGCGCCACCCGUCAGUGCUACCUAAUAUUGUUCUUUUUGGAUUAGCCAGUGCCUUUGGGCAGCAUUUUAUAUUCAUGACGGUGGCCACCUAUGGUCCUCUCACCUGCUCUAUCAUCACUACAACGAGAAAGUUCUUCACCAUUCUUGGGUCCGUCAUCUUCUUUUCCAAUCCCAUAUCAUCCAGGCAAUGGAUAGGUGUUGCCCUUGUAUUUGCUGGUCUUGGACUUGACAGUAUCUUUGGCAAGAGCAAAGCAAAACCUAAGAACUAAAGUGAAAAAAACAAGAAGGUUCUUCACCAUUUGCGGUUCUGUUAUGGUCUUGUCUAAUUUCAUGUUCUCCAGGAAAUGGAUGUUUUUUGUGCUAGUCUUUGCUGGUCUUGGACUGGACAGUGUCUUGGGCAAGAGCAAAGCGAACUAAAGACCUGAAAUGACUCAUGAAAUAUAGUGAAAAGAUGUCACCUCACUUCACUUCUGUUGCGUAGCACGGGGUAGCCAACUCAAAGAUUGUGUCAGAAAGAGGCUAAAGUAAUCCCAAGAUCAAGACCUGUGUGUUCUUGUGUUGCCCAAACCUGUUUUUAUGAUAAGUGGAAUACUGGAUAUAUUUAUUUUACACUAUGAAGCAACUUGUACAUGUACAUUUAUAUUCACAUUAGCAUUCACAAAGAUAUUUGCCUUUACUUGUCUUGUUGUAAAACCUGUUCCAGCAUCCAAUAACUAUACCUAACCCAUUAGAUGAGGAAUCAUUAAUUAUUGAUGACUAUCCAAUCAUCUGCGAUCUUUAACAUUCAUCAGAUUGAUACAUUCCCUGUUAGAUGAUAUUGAAGCCUUUAUCAAGAUUUAAGUCAAUUUACUAUUAAAUUUUUUUUUUUUUCUUUCUCAUGAGCUGUUGACUAUGGGAUUUAUAAAAGAUACAUGGAUUUUCAAACGACAAUCAUUUUCCCACCCCCAAAUAAAACAAACGCAACCCCCCCCCCAAAAAAAAAGGGGGGGGGGUUGUAAAAAACGUGUAAAAACACGUCAUAUGACGUACGAAAACCAAGGUUUGUCGACAAACCUCCUUUGUGAAUUUGGGCCUCAGAGUUGGUGAAUCUCUGUGUCAAAUGUCAAAAAUGAAAUUCUCGUUACUUCCAAAUUGUUGAAGUGAUGUUGGGAUUACAAGCAACUAUUCCUGUCUGUGUUAGUGGAUUUAUUCAUCAACUGAAGAUUUGGGGCUGACUGUAAAGGUUGAUAGAUAUACAUGUAAUACAUGUUUGAGUCAAUAAGACAAUGGCCUUUUUAGUUUGAUUUGAAUUGGACUUCAAAAAUUCAUGUAAAAGCUAGGGGAGUUUAGUAUGUGCUUAAAUGUAUACAGUGUAGAUUUGAACUGUAUGCCCCCCCCCCCCAAUGAUCCAUUCUCAUCUAUGCAUUGACCCCCACUAUGCCAUGGAUUAUAAAUGCUUAGAACUUGACUUCACCUGUUGAUAAUUCAACAAAUUUAUACAUUAGGCCUAUUUAUGGAGUGAACUCUACCUUAACAAUUUUCCUUUUUUUUUUAUUCUUCAAUCAAUCAGUCGAGUAUGUGAUGUGGAUGUUUUAUUUUGAAAUGUAACUUGAAAGAUGUUUCCCCAACAGGGUUCAGCUGUAUGUUCCAAUGUAGAAUUUAAGCACAGGCAAUGUGUGUGCAAAAGUCUUUCAUACAGUAGUCUAGAUAAAAUGUUCUUCUACACACAUGUUCGAAAGGUGGAAUCAUACGGGUGUCACCACACAUAACGGUGUUCUUAAAAUACAAAUGUAAAAAUGUAAAACAUAUGUUGCCAAUUUAUAAGUGCUUAGGUCACUGCUAAUGUAAUGUUACAUAGUAAUUAUUCAAUGAAUGAAUGUUCACUAUGAGAUUGUAACAUUUUAUUUUGGGUGAAACAGCCCAAAUGUCGAUAAUGUAUUUUUUAAACUAAAAAAAACUUGUCUUUUCCAUUGGCAUUCAACACAGAAAGAUUCCUAGAUAAUGUUUGUUUCAAGAUGAACAAUGAAAUUAACUUGAAGGAACUAAUAAAAUCCUAUUCGUGGAUCAUGUGAUGGAUACAUGUACAUUA